AUGCUGACGCAGCCCCGGGGGCUGUCGAACAUCUCAUCCACCAUUACAUCGAACAACGCAGUCAACCUGGUUUCUUUGGGACUACCAGCCCUCGCAGGAUCACCGCUCCUCCAGUACGACCGAGCAGAUUGCUGCUUCGUCACCUCCACAAAAAGGGCCCCCAUCUACCCUCGAGGCGGCACCUGGUGUCGUGCAACCGGUCCAAACCUGCAGGUCAUCGCCCAUCAAGAACUCAUUAGCUACUACCAGAGACACCCACCCGCUCACCCAGAAGACGUAUUCACCAUCCUACGAAUCAACGUCGAACCUACACAAACAGCAGAAAGCACGCAAUCACCCACCAGCGAACAACCACUUGAACUCCCUGAAGUUCAGUACAUCCCCAUCAAGAUCCCAGACAUCAAACUACCACCAGCUCCACCCGCACCAACCAACACACUGGUUACAGUCCCUAUGGCAACGUUCACUCAAGAAGACAUCAAUCAGCGCAUCGCUGUCGCCCUUGCAGCAUACCAAUCCCAACACGGAAAGGCAGAGGACCUCAGAUGCUUCAUCCAAUGUGUCCUCUCCUACUUCGUUGCCACCAACAACACCCGACUCAGCGAUGAAGCAAAUAUUGCCUUCACUGUAGCACUGAUGAGGAAGGAUCUGGGGAAGACAUGGGUGGACGCGUAUUACGAGAAGUCGGCAGGGGGAGUCCAGGUCUAUUCCACGUGGACAAACUUCGUCGCCGCCCUAGAAGAGGUGUUCCCUGAGCACGGAACGCGAAUCAAGGCACAUCAAAUCCUAAUGAAACUGCCUGAACGACAGAAGGAUAGGAAAACGGCACUCUCCCUCGGUAACUACGUCACCCGCUUCGAGCAGCUGGCAUCGAAGGCUCAGCUCAAGGACACUGAGGUCAAUGGCACCAACCGUGUCAAGAACGACUACCACACUCUCCAUGCCAACUUCGUCAAAGGACUCCCAAAGGAGCUGUAUUUUGCUCUCGCAACAAGGGUCACUAGGGAUCAACCCAACACCAUGAAGGCCUGGUGCGACGAAGUUCAAAACACCGAUGCAGCCAAACAGGGGGCUCUCAUCGUCACAGACACUAGGGACUAUGGCGAACCAAUGGAUAUCGACGCUGCUGCCGUCACAUCAACCUUUGCCUCCACAUCAGGAGGAAGGAAAUGGGAACUAGGAGCUGUUCUCAACGAGGCCAAUCGGAAGCUCCACAGGGAUGGGAACCUGUGCUUCUACUGCCACAUCAAGGGCCACAGUGCCAAGGACUGCUGCAAGAAAGUGGCUGCACGACAAGGGGGUGGGAGGCCGAACCAGGGAGGAUCUGGGAAGGACGACUUCCGCGCCAGAAUCAAGGCACUCUCUGCCGACGAGAAGCGGGAGCUGUAUGAAGAACUCACGAUGGAGGAUUUUUGA